GACCUCAGCUUGAACCUGACAGCAGGAAAUACACGGAGAAGGCGGCGGUUUAGACGCAGACAGACAAGCAGCAUACAACAACGGCGGCACAGCUUGUAAAAUUUCCACUACCUAAUAGUUGCUUAUAGCUGUCAUUUUAGUCACAAAGCUAACAAAGAGCUAGAUAUUUGGAACCGAAAUAGCACCGGCGACGAGCGAUGCACAAGAUGCCUAGUCAACUUGAUAACAUGACGUCUAGAAAGAGGAAGAGCGGCGCUGAGGUCAGAGCCUCUAGAAAGGUUUCAGCUUCGGAGAAGAAAAACCGUAAAAGCCAGAAGAUGCAUUUGUCACCAGAGGACAGUUCAGCGCUGAGGACAUCCAAAUCCACAGAUAAACUGUCUCGUAUCAGCUGCGAAUGCCACGAGGCUGCUGACAGGAGGAGGUGCCUGGGUUCACCUGAGCUCGAAGGUCAGGAGGGCAAAGAGAACGAGCUGAGGUCAGAGCAGGAGGUCAGCAACUGCAAAGCUAACAGCGUCUUGGAGGAGCAGGCUCCUGAAUGUGUGGAACCCGAAAACAGUAGCAGAGUUUUAUUCCCAGAUGACGACAGUAAUCAAAUCCUUCCUGUGGAGCAGUUCUUCGGGAACUUGGAUAUUGUACAGGACCUUCCUCGGAGAUCACCUGCUACUUCUCCCAGCGCUCGAAGGAAGGAGAGGUUUCGGCAUUACUAUGCACAGGAAGACAGCGACGGCGAAGAGGUGAGCCACGGCAGCCUCCGACGAGACGACGGACCCGGCACUUAGAAAAGAGCCGGUUAAAACAGAACAACAUCCCAGCACUUUGGAAGAAGCGACAACAAACUACCUGCUCAGAUGCUGCAUUCAGUCGGUCCUCUUCAUCUGUCAAAGUCUCAGCGCCAUCACUGAUGUGAGGAUAAUGAAGGAUGGUUAGUGGUACUGGCUGUCAAAGAAAUACUUCAUUGGCAGUGUUUCUAGCGGUGUUAAAGUGCGAUUGUAAACGCGGAAACGUUCUAAGCUGAAAGCAUCCGUUUUGGUGCCGGAUGCUUUCAUGCUGUUUUCUCACAUGCCAACAAUCAGUAAAAAAAUUCUAAAUAUGUAAGCAAACACACAAGUGCUUUUUUUUUUUUAAAACCGUAUAUAUAGUCGCAUAUACUCUCAUAAAUCCACGCUCGAUUGUAGCCUACCUUUUUCAGAGCUCUCAGCGGCAUUUCAGGAGAUAUUUAAAAAAAGAACAAAAUAUGAGGACAGAUUGACUAGAAAUGCACCAGUCAGAAUCGUGCUGCUAAUUUCCAAUUUUUGUAAUGCUUAAGUUUAAUGCUGAUUGUAGCCAAUUAAGUUUUUCCUCCAAGAGCUUUCAAAAUAUCCAUUUUUUUGUCCUUCCAUAAGCAUCUUAAAAUUGAAAGUGUUAAAGAGUCUUCUUUCUUAACAACUUCUAUGCUGAACAGUGUAAUUGUAACACACGGCCUGGUUUUUUGUUGCACUUAUUGAGGUAAAAAAAAAAAAAAAAA